AUGACGGUCGUCAAUCCUCUGCGCUAUGCUCUGUCGGCGGGAGAUAACAUAGCAUGGACGGCUACACAGGAGAAACAGAUUCUGAAGGACGUGCCCUGGAACGACAUCGGCCAGAGCGAUGAGCAAGCCGGUCAGGAGGAUAAUCAGGUGAAGCAGAAGACGCGAGGUGAAUCGCUGGACGCAGAGAGCUUCAUCGCGCGAACGUACUUGCAGUACUUAUGGCUACCAGAGUCGAUCAUGCCCCUCCACGGCUUCCUCCAUGCCUUACGACGCAUCACAUACGCUAGCCCUGAUGACAACAAUACCCCUCACCCCUUACACGCGCUCAUAGAACCUCUACUGCUUACUGCGCGUUCUGCGGCACACAAAUACCACACCGAGCUCACCGCGAUCCUCGCCGAGGGCGGCGGCGCGGGCGAAGCCGAAGAGGCCAUGAUGUGGUUCGCCUACGAGCACGAGAAGCAUGAGGCAGCGUCUAGUGGACAAGCCUCCGGCGGCCAGCAACAUCGCUCUAGCAGCCAGCAAUCAAACAACCCCGAACCUAACGAGGACGCCGACGCGCAAUGGCAAACACGAUGGCUGAACCGCAUGGAGCGGCGCGAAGCCCAGAUCCAAAUCCUCCUCUACCUCUUCAAGCUCUCCCUCCCGCCCUCGCCCUCCGCCGACCCCAUUGCCAGCCCAGCCAAGAAGCACGCCGCGGCGAUGCAGCAGGAUAUCUUGUUGUCCCCGCGUAAGCGCAGGCGAGUGGAGCCUGCGAACGACAAGUCCGCCUCUCAGGACAAGGUCGCCUCUGUCUCGACCCCCUCCCAAACAUUCCCUCGCAAACGCCGGCGCAAAUCCCCCGAACCCGCACCUUUGGCACCCGAAGUUUACCUGGAAGCCUUCAUGGACAAGCUCUCGAUGUGGCAGCUUGUGCGAGGGCUGGAGGAUGGGAGGCCUGCGGUGGAUUCGAUGCCUGCAGGGCUAAGAGCGAAGGCGAGCAAGGGUGGACAAGUGGGUAACGGCAAGGCUAGGCAGGACGACGAGCGCGACUGGAUGCAGGUGUUCUGCGAGGAUGUAGUGGAGCCGUUAUUCAAAUCCACUCUCCCCGAACUCUGCGCUCUGCUUCGUAGCAAGGUCUUCCCGCACUCGCCCUUUUCGGACGAGGAGAGCGAGGAUGAGGGGGUGUUUGGCGGGUCGCAGGCACAGCGAGGACGGUCGGAAACGCAGCGGGGACGGUCGCAAACGUAUGACGACGACGUAUUCGCCGGAUCGCAGGCACAGCGAGUACGUUCGCAGACGUACGACGAAGAUGACCCCUUCGGCUCGCAGGCGUUCGACGAUCCCUUCGACUCGUAUUCAACUAGAUCACAAACGCACGACGAUCGCUCCGACCGCGCGCGCUCAAAAUCCCGCGCAUCCAGCUUCGGUGACAGGCUCUCGAGCGAUCCGGAUGAAUGGCAGGACGACGAGGAGACGUCCCUCGCGCAGGAAGAGGCCGACCGCGCGGCGGGCGCGGGCGUGAAGCGCAAGCGCGAGAUCAGCAGGGAGGUGAGCAUGAGUCGCAUCUUGCGGCCGGGGAGGAGUGCGCGGGUGCAGGGGGAGGCGGCGGGGAGUCGCGGGGUGACGCCGGGGAGUAGGGGGUUGACGCCAGGGAGUCGGGGGUUGACGCCUGGCGUCAGUGGUCGAAGUCUAACACCGAUGGUGGAGGAUACACGCGCGAAGGAGAAGGCGAAGAAGGAGAAGGAGCUAGGCUCGGUGCUGACUAGCAUCAUGGAACCCGAACCCAGUGCACCUGCCCCGAUCGGCACAAGCGAGAUGGGUUCAAUCACACCAUGCCCUGCCCCCUCCGUUGCUGAGGGUGCCGAAGCUCUCAGCACGUCGACAACGUCCGAGUCGGCCGCGCUGCGAAUUACGAUCCCCUCCUCCGACUCGAGUCGCCGCAAGCAGUGGAAGGCCCGGCCGACCGCCAUACAGCCUCCCGCAAACCCCUCCAAGCUCUCUGCUCCCCUACCGACGAGGCGACCACGGGGUAGACCGAUGGGGAGCACCACGAAACGGAAGGACGCACCGAUCGCGUCGCGUAAGGUUGUUUCACGCGUCAAUGCGGUCGCAUCGUCGAGUGCAGUGACUUUGGACGCUCUAGACGGUCCUCAGCCUGCGUGGAGAAUCAUCUCGCCCGCUCCUCGAGAAAGUGGCGCGCCAGACCCUUCCGCUAGCGAACCUCUGGGCCCUUCUGCCAGCGGACCCCUAGACCCUGCCGCACUCCCAAGCGCACGCAGACGCACUGACCUGCACAAGCGCAAAGCCGAACCUGUCCCAACCGACGAUGCACCGAGGAAGAGGCGAAGAGAGGGGCCGGCGGCGACGUCGACGGCCUCGGAAGAUGGGCCCCGCUGGCUCCCACCGAGGCUGGGCCCGACACGUACGAUGCCAUCUGCGCAGGAUGGCUUGACUUGUGCUGCAGAGCUGCGGCCGAGGAUAUGGGCUAGUAACAAGGCCGAUCUCCACGCCGUACUUCCAGAGUUGUUCGGCACGAAGCCGACGAGUACUCCAAUCUCGACCAUGGUGGACUACAUGCCGGUGAUUGUGCUGGAUGAAGAGAGGAUCCAGGUAUCCGUGGACCAGGGAAGCCCGCUGUGUUGCAAGCUUACUAUCUCGAGGAAAUUCUCUUGCGACGGCGCUGCUUUGCCACAUUUGGCGCCCGAUGGACUGGAAAUGGCGACUUUGCCGCGAAUACCCUUGACUCCGUGUACUGAGCGUCAUUCUGAGCCCGAGUCGAUGACUGAGACAAUACAAGCGAAUGACGCGAGGUCAUCCCUUCCAUCCGGAGCUGAGCAUGCCUCAGAACACCUGACCGCCGUUCCCACACAGUUGGAGAUCCAAGAGUCUCAAGGAGCGCCAGAGGCCGAAACCGUUCAUGGCCUUGCUGUACCUGAAGAUCCACUAACUGAAGGUGACGAGCUCAAGUAUCCUCCUUCGAUGACGACGAAGUUACCGAUCGUACCCUUGGUAUACGCGUCCGAAAUUCUAACGGCACUGUGGCACCACGCGCUUUCUGACUUUCAACCACUUGACGCACGCGUGCUCGACGAAGUCACGCCUGGCGGCGACCUGGCUGUUGCGCAAAUUGAAAAUCCUCCAUGUCAGAUGGAAAAGACGUCUAUCCCAGAGAUGCAGUUGCCGAAAUAUCUGCCUCCUGACAUUGCCGCAUUGCAAGAGGCGUGGAUCCAGCAGUAUCCUGUUUUGCUAGUGGCAUCUCGAGCGACGUUGGCCACUUGCUGGCAUGUGCUUGUUCCGGAAGAGUAUGCGUACUGCUUUCUGGGGCUGUUCCAUCUGGCUGAAAUGCAGGACAAGAUCGCACGCGGUCCGGACGGCGAGCCAUUCACGGCCGUCGAUCGCGGCGGUCGUACGAAUGGAAGCGUUCAGUGGACGAUGACGCUCCGAUGGGUGGGAGGUGGCGAGAGGUUUCUCGGCAACGAAGACCUUCGACGGCCGUGGUGGGUACCAGACCAGCUCCCGACACAUGCACCAACGCCGACGACGGUUGACGAUUCCUCCGAAUUGCCCUCAGCAACAUCAACGUCGCAACAACUAGGGCCAUCCACUACCGGCGCGGAUGAUCCUCCUUCAGACUCUAUGGCAGCCAUGGCGCGGACAUGGCUUUCGUACUUGUCGCCUGCCGCAAUGUCGGUCUUCCCAGGCGACCGCGACCCCGACCCUUCAAUUUCUGAAGACGACAGAGGCGUCUAUCCCGUCUCCUUCGUGCCGCGGGAGGAGGCCGCUGCCUCGCCCGACUUCGAGCCAGCGGACCAAAAACCCACCUACGUGGGCUAUGCUUUGCGCCUCGACGACGUGCGCGACCCGCGUGAUACCCUACCGCUGGCUCAACCCGUCUCAGUGUACCCGAGCGGGGUGCAGUCGUUCAUGGCAGAGGCUGAGGAUGGCAUGCGCAUCGUCGAAGUGCGCGAAAGUCGGCAGAUGCCCGUCAAGGAGUUGGGUAGUGCGAUGCCGUCCGCAUUAGCUGAGGCCAUCACAUCGGAGAAGGAUGAGCCAACAGUCGUAGACGACCCGAUGGACAUAUACGAGAGCGCUUCUCGUGUAGGGACGCUCCUCGCCACUCACAUCUUCACCUGCAACAUGCGCUCGCUGCAGUCAAAUGCGGACCAGCUCUUCCUGGAUGUGCAGCGGUAUGCGGACCUGCGGCGCUCCAGGGUGUCGGACAACAUCUUUCGCUGCGAGCUGUCUGUUGCGCCCGUGUCAUCAGAGGGAGGCCAACAGACGAUGUCCAAUGAGGAGAAGGUCACGACCACCGAAAGCCUUGCUCGGCGCUUGCAUAACCACCUCAUCGACCGCGCGUACGAGUACACAGACGAAGAGACGAACUUCCCAAUCCGCCGACUCUUUUGCAUCGCGGGCAUCGGUGCUGGCUCGAGGAAGGUACGUAUUCACUCCUCGCUGGCGUUCGCCGCCUGA